CCGAUGACCUUCAUCCACGAGCCACCAUUUUAUCACGUUUCUACGUUCCUCAGGCAACUGCUUUAUACUCUGCUCUUGCGGUGCUGGUAGGGCUGACUCUUUCCCUUUCCCCUGUCUCUCAUAGGUCUUAAGAGGCCAUCUACAGGGAGACCCCUCCACUGACAAGUCUCAUAGCACAGUAUUUGACUUGUUCCGGACCCCCAUACUAAGGAGGAUCGUUCUCUGUGUGUCCUUUGUGUGGUUCUCUGAAUCCUUUGCGUACUUCGGCAUGGCGAUGGACCUGCAGAAUCUGGACACCAACAUCUACCUGCUGUCGACGCUCUUCGGAGCAGUGGACAUCCCGGCCAAGAUCGCUGCCUACCUCAUGCUGCGCUAUAGUGGUGGCCGGAACAGGAGCCUGGUGACCUUUCAGGUUCUGGCUGGACUCUCCAUUCUGGCCAGUGUGUUCGUACCAGCAGCCAGGCAGAGCCUGAGGGUCACUUUUGUCGUGUUUGCUGCUGGCUGUCUGAGCGCUGGGAUUACCUGCAUCUUUGCCUAUGGCAUGGAGCUGUACCCCACAGUGCUAAGGAUGACAGCGACGGGUACCGACCAAGUGGCAGCUCGACUGGGCUGUAUCCUGGGCCCUGUUUUUAAGAUUACAGGCCAGUCCUUUUCUUCUCUGCCUUAUAUUAUCUAUGGAGCUUCCCUGCUCAUUUCCGGUGUGGCCGUUUUUCUCCUUCUUCCUGAAACCCAGAACGUGCCGUUGCCAGACACCAUCCAGGAUGUGGAGAAUAACAUCUGGAAAAAGUCAAGACAUGGAAGGAGACAAGAGAGGAUCAUUGUGAAAUCAACACAGUUUUGAUUGUUCUCAUACCCUAGAAGGAGAUGUACUCAUACCUGGAGGAGUCCUUGGACACUUAUCUAAGAUUAUAUCACUGCAAUAUUUCCAUGAAUUGAAGGUGAUGGGGUGAUCCCAUGGGACUAAGACUUCACUAUAGAGAGUUUUUUCUGCCCAGUGUUUCUUCCUUCAAAUCUACCUCUGUGCAUCUUUCUGUAGAACCUCCUCAGAAGGAACAAGGCUUUUCAUUGACCUGACCAAUGGCCAUCUCCCUUAUUUCUCUCUAAACUCUGCUUGUGCCUCUGCUCUUCCCCAUCUUUCCACUUGAUUGAGUCUUCCUUCCUUCCUUCCUUCCUUCCUUCCUUCCUUCCUUCCUUCCUUCCUUCCUUCCUUCCCAUGAUCCUUCCUUCCUUCCCAUGAUCCUUCCUUCCUUCCUUCCUUCCCAUGAUCCUUCCUUCUAAUCUAAUACACUCCUCUGCUCCAGGUCUUUUUAAAAUUUUUAUUUAGUUCUUUAUUAUUGUUUGUUCAUGUUUACCUUUCUAUGUUUCUCUUACUACCUGUGUUUGGAUUUCAAAAUCCCUGCACAGCUCAGGUCUUUUCAUCAGGAAUGCUUGAAAGUCCUCCAUUUCAUUAACGAUCCACUUUCCCCUCUGCAGGAUUACACUUAGUUUUCUGGAUGAGUUAUUCUUGGCUAAAACAAUCUAUGAGUGUGAGGCAGUUAGCGUAAUCAAUUCUGUAUGGAUGAUUUUUAAGUCUUGGUCCCAAGGCCAUGAAUCAGACCUCUUUAAGAAGGAUCAAAUCUGUAUAUUCUGCUUGACAGAAAGACUAGAAGACACAGCGAUGGCUAAAUAAAACUCUAAAGGAGCCAUCAAGAUUUUCACUCCCCUACAUGCACCUCAAAGCUUUCCAAAAUCUGGUCAGUUACUCAAACAGCUGAGCAGCCAACCUCUCCUUGUCUUUCUUGAGGACAUUAUGUCUCUGCUGCAUUUGUAGGCAGUUAAUUCAAGCUAUAAAAUUAGUUGAGGAGUCAGGGAUAUAGACACAACAUUGCUGUCCUAUGGAAGUGCUCUUUUUAGUAAGUAGGACAUAAAAUGUUUGAUCUGUGGGAUGCGCAGGAGUAUGAGGAGGAGGAGGAGGAGGAGGAGGAGGAUUUCCCUGCCACAUCUACAAACCCAACUGUUGAUCACAUUUAAAUUUCUGGCAUUCGAUGAGUGAAAACAACAAUAUUUUUUCAGUUCAAAAUCCCAAGUUCACUAAUGACAUUUUCUCCGGGAAACUUCAGGAUUAAAACAGCUUAAAGAUUUUAUUCUUUGCCAAGAACUUAUAGUGUGAGAUCACUGGACAACAACUUCAUGAUGGAGUUUCACUGCCAGAUCUUUGGUGAAUUGUAGGGAACCUCCGCUUUGGAACACCCAUGAAGACUCACUGGUCUUCCAUUCCUUACUGCAAGGAAAAUGACUGUGGUGGCCCCAAACCCUUCAGGUUGGCUGCAAAUGCUCCAAACUUUACACUUGCAGUCCCAUGUUAAAUCCAGAGCAACUUCACUAGGAAAUCCCGUCUCGGUCCAGUUUUCCUUCCUACUAAGAAGUCCAGGUUCCCAAACUCACACUGACUUGAUCCAUACGUCUCCUUCUGCGAAAUCAUAAACUAUUUCUUUUCUCUCAAAUCUUGGGCAGACAAGAAAAAGUCUCUUUUCUUGGUGAUUUGCUUGAUCUUUCUUCCCUUGACUGACUGGGGAAGGGAAAAAGAAGAUGGCUGCUCAGAUUCAGAAAAUUCCUGUUCUUUUAAGAUGAAUUCCCUCUUAUUGGACUGGGAAUCUCUCCGAAGAAUGAUAUGUACGUACAUGUAUAUACACACACAUACAGAAACAAACUAUAUGAAAACCUCUCAAACCUAUAUCAGCAUUUAUUAAUUAUUAAAUUGUACAAAACAAUAUAAUA